AUGCCUAGUUUACAAAUUCUUCAUUUUAAUGAUGUAUAUCAUCUCUUGUCACAAAAGCAUGAACCUGUUGGUGGUGCUGCUCGGUUUGCUACGGUGGUCAAAGAAUUUCGUAAAAAUUAUGGUAUUGAAAACUCUUACGUGUUCUUUAGCGGCGAUGCUUUUAAUCCAUCAGUUGAAAGUAGCAUUAGUAAAGGAUUGCACAUGGUACCAUCAUUGAAUGAUUUCGGACUUGAUGCGGCUUGUCUUGGAAAUCAUGAUUUCGAUUUUGGAUUACCAACUCUUAAAGGGUUGAUUUCACUGACUAAUUUCCCUUGGCUUCUCUCUAAUGUUGUUGAUUCGAAAACUGAUGAAUCUCCAGCCGGAAGUAAAAAAUUUGUGGUUCUGGAAAAGGGUGGACUCAAACUUGGAAUUGUAGGAUUGGUUGAAAAAGAAUGGCUUGAAACCAUUCCUAAUCUUCCAUCAGAUAUUCAAUAUAAAGAUUUUGUAAGUGUUGGAAAAGAACUUUCUACACAAUUGCGUGACCCCAACGGUCCUCACGCUGUUGACCUUGUUAUUGCUCUCACACACUAUGAAGGAGAAACAGAUGAUUCUAAGGAUGAUGAUGGCGUACGAGUCGUGAAGAGUGGAACUGACUUCAGAGAAUUAAGUAUCGUGGAACUUGAUAUUGAUGAAACAACCAAUGAAGAAGGACGAACCCAUAAAAGAAUACAAACUAUAACUGUUACCUCAUCUAUUGUUGAAGAUGAACACCAUGCAAAUUUGGUUGCUUCAGAAACAUCGGAAAUGAGGGCAAAAAUGUCAAAGCCAAUAGCUUACACCAUGACACACUGGGAUUGUCGUUCUUCAACGCUUC